UGCCUCCAAAAUUCACCUUCGCCGAUUGCCGUCGUGGGCCGCCGCGAUGGCGUUGCGGACGCCUCGUACCACCUCCGUCGCAUUCUCCGCUGACUCCCCCCUCGGCGGCGUCCCAAUACGCUCCUCAACAGCCUGCUCCGUUCCCACGCCACCUCCUCUCGCUCCGCUGCGACCACCGAGGACCACCAGAGCGGGACGCCGCGGAACUCGUCGGCCACGUCCUGGCCGUCGCGCAUGCUGACGACGAGGCUGUUGCCCUCCCGGGCGCCCUCGGCGCGGAGCUCGCACGCGUCCUGCGAGCGCGCGGCGCCGCUGAGGCACCGGGCGCGCCGGCGGAGGAACAAGUUGAAGUAGGUCCGGAACAGAGGACAGGGAGGGACCUAAAAUUCAAGCCCAAAGGACCAAAGCCCGAAGUUUCUUUUCUUCCCCGCAAAGAAAGAAGGCAAGAGUUCUCGGCUUCUCGCAAGUCGCGACAGAGAAAGAGGCGGAGUUGCGGAGAAGAUGCAGAGCAGCAGCAUGAAGAGGGAGAUCAGCGAGGCCCACGACACCAUUCGCUUCGGCAUCAACGCCGGCGUCAAAGCGGACCUCGCCCCGCCGCACCCGAAUGAAAUCCAGAAAUCAUUUCUUCGUUCUAAAUUGAAAGUCUAGAAAUAGGUGUUUAUAGAUUCAUCGCGACACGAAUUCACCAGAAAAGGUUACAAGAGAAAUGCAGAGAUUUAUUCUAUGGAGAAAGCAUCAGGGCAUUCUGCUUUGCGUCACAAAGUUUCAAACCCAGCAAAACCCCCAGUCGAUAUAUCAGAUAGGAUGAUUGGUGAUACCAAAGGAAGCAAACUCAAACACACAAAGUUUCAGAAGCACAGCUACUGCUUGCUCCCUCAGGCGACCUUGACCUCGAUGGUCUUGGGCUUCUUGGGCUCCGGCGGGGGCAGCUUCUCGACGGUCACCGUGAGCACGCCGUCCCUGCACACGGUGUCGCAUCGGGCGGCUCGACGAGGCGGACAAAGCCGGUGGCAGACCAUGGGUGCAAUGGGUGCAGAGACUUAGGUGGAUGGUUCUAAAUGUUCACGACAAAAAAAUGUGUGGCGCAUGGGUUUCUGUCCUGAGGGUGCGCAGAUCGGUCGCCAUUAGAAAGAUGCAGCUUCAACUACUUUGGACCAGGUGCAAAGUCAUGGCAGUUCUGAUAGGGCACCCUACACAAAUCUGGAGUUUGAACACACGACAGGUGAUAUGCUUAUCUUUUGUGGAUGGACUGUUCGCUUGGCUUUUGCUGAUUGAAUUGGAGCUGCACUUGUAGUUUGGUAACGUUUAUAUACAUAACUAUGCGGAUUGCGUUAGCUAGAAUAUGUCUUCCAGUACCUGGGUGACAAUGGGCUCUAAAUUUUAGAGUGUUGUAGAUUUGUUUUGUUGCAAAUGUGGCAUGGCAUGGCUUGGCUUGCAGCUUCGAGUACUGGUCGUUCGAGAUCCUUGUGCUGUUUGCAGGGCUGAUGCCCGACUCUCAUCUCAGCACUUCCAUCAUUGCAAUGUGCCAAAACACCGAAGCCAUAUCAUACAUGAUCACCUAUGGCUUCGCCGCUGUCAUCAGCACAAGGGUGUCCAACGAGCUGGGAGCCCGGAACAUCGCCAACGCCAGGAAGGCGCUCACUGUGUCGCUGGCGCUGUCCCUGAUGCUGGGGGUGGCGUUCCUGCUGCUCCUGGGCCUCGGCCACGACCUCUGGGGGUACUCUGCGGCGUCGCCAGGGGCUACGGGUGGCAGCACCUGGCGGCGUGGACCAACCUGGUGGCCUUCUAUGUCAUCGGCUUGCCGCUCGCCAUCCUCUUAGGAUUCACGCUCGCCUUCCAAACCAAGGGGCUGUGGAUGGGGCAGAUAUGCAGCCUCCUCUGCCAGAACUGCGUCCUCUUUUUUAUCACCCUGCGAACCAACUGGCAGGAGUUAGACCUGACCAUAUUCAACAAGGACAACGAUUUUGUCUGCUAGGAAUCUAGAAAGAGUUUUUCUUUUCUUUUUUGCCAUGUGCUGUUGCUGAAACAUUGAACCAUCAGCAUCAGGCUUCGACAGAGCUGUCUGAUGUUUGUUCAUCAAUUCAUCACCAGUGUAACACUACAGAUUGUAACAUUUGGAAUCUCAAGGAUAGGAAUUAAAAAUGUUCUGAUACACCA